AUGGAUCCAUUGUCGCUCACAGCAAACCUCGCUGCCGUCAUCGGCCUUAUCGACACAAUAUGUCGCAUCGGCAAGGAAACGUACCAGCUCAUUGCGGCUGUGAAGAAUGUUCCCGCAGAAAUCCAACAGCUGCAGGUGGAGAUGCACGAGGUGGAAUUCCUCCUCGAAAAUGUCCAUCGCUACUGUGAUGAGUACCAGGACAGAUUGCCUUCACUGAGCUUGCAGAAGACCUCACCGGUUAUGCAUAUCUACUCGACGCUCAAAUCCCUAGAGAAAGAGUAUGAUAAUAUCGCGGCUAUUGUGGCCAAGAACCUCGAUGUUGAGUCCGGUCGUACGAGGCAGAAGUUGAAGAUGGUGGGCGGAAGGGUCAAAUUGGUGCUUGGAGGGAAGCUGGAGCGUAUUGGGAAGGUGGGAGUUGUCUAUCGACCUGGAAAGCUUGGAUUCAAGCUGACAGUGACCAGUUUCAAUGACCUUGCUGUUCAGAAUCGGUUGGAUAGUAUCCAUGAUGCUGUGUCGAUUAUCAGAGACAGUAGUCAAAUACUUCCGCACUCGCAUCCCGAUGACAAGCCUUUGGCUUGGUCAGAGAAAGGUCAACCCCCGUCUGACUUUUCGCAGUCUCUCGAGGCUAUCGACGCGCUCAUGGCACAGCUCACAGCUAUGAAAAUACGCAUCGAAAAGCAGGAUGACAAGACAGAAUCUCCCAUGGACAGCUGGGACAACUUUGAAGAUGUUAAACGCGCUUCUCUGCCUCUGAUGUUGCUCCAAUCCAAGGUCCGAGAAGCAUUACAGUUGUUGUCGACUCCCCAACCGGGACAUGAAAAGCUGUCCGAUAUAGAUGUGCAGUGGGUUCGAAGUGAGCUGGAGAGUCUGCUUGCGAGUAGCCAUGAGAAAGCCGCGGCCCUCAUCAAGACGAGCUCGCAGAAGAGCGACAAUGUCACCCGUGCUUGUAGGCGACAUAGCGCAGGCAGUACCCUUGACAAACGAAGAAACAGAUUGCAACCUACUCAGCAGAUCGUAUCAUCGCAGGUUGUGCUUCAAGAUUCUCCCGCGGGCAAAGUCUCCAUCCGGGUCCAGUGGACCAAAGAUGCUGACUCGAUAUCCGCCCGCGCAUCCGAUAUUCUUCUUCUCCUGGCGCCCAAUCCACAGGUGGCCGAAGAUGGUCUUCUUGUUUCGCUUUCGAGGCUUCAUGACGGGUUGAGCAAGCCCACAAUCACGCGGCAUGUCUCAGCCUACGCGAUCGUCGAGACGACAUCGCCUAUAUUUACAUGUAUCGAGGCCAAUGACAUACAUUCACUACGGCUACUUUUGAAGAGCAGGGAUUUUUCUCCCACCGUGCGAAAUACGGAAAACGAGAGUCUCUUAUCUGUAGCAUCUGAAAGGACUAGUGAUGGAGCAAACGCGAUCUACGACGUACGAAAUGCGUUCUGGUACCGAGCAACCAAUUAUACCAUCCAUAAAGCAACCCUUUACCGUAUCCUCCGUCUAUUCAUCUCCGCCGGCUGCGACAUCAACUCCGUCGCUCUCGGCGGCAGCCCCCUCCAUUUCACCGUCAGCCAUACCCUUCCCGGCUCCGAGCUCAUCAAUGAGGACGAGAUCGUCGCCUUAAUCAAUCUACUAGUCGGCAGUGGCUGUGACAUCGAGCACGAGAACGCCGACGGCCUCACCCCACUCUUGUACAACGCCUGCAUUCCACGAUGGCAUGGGGUCGUGGUGCUCCGGGAACUUCUCCAGUGGGGCGCGAAUCCGCACGCAACGUCCCACCUCGGCGAGGGCGCGCUGCAUCUGGCCAUGGCAUUCUCAGGGCCCGAAUCCGUGCACGGCCAGUUGGAGGGUGAUUCGUUGGAGACAAGGCUCGGCAUCCUGCUGCAGGCGGGAUGCGAUCCGAACCUGCGAGACGGAUACGGACACAGUCCGUCGGAUUUUGCGCUGAGCUCUCCACGGAUUUGGUUCCAGUGGUGCUUGGCUGUGGAGAGGGUUGGGUUGUCCAUGAACGAUGUUCUGGGCAGGGAGGGCGUCUCCGAAGACGUCCGGCCGGUGCAAGGCUCCCCAUCUGCGGAUUCAGACUGGGAGUCCUGCAGCGGCAGUGACGACGAGGACGGAAGUCAGGAGAGCAUGAGCUCGGAUACUUGCUCGGACACCGAACACAUCUUCCUAUGCUGGAACGGGUUCUUCCCAUGGAGUGUUCCGCCGUGCUGUGCCGAUUGUGGUCUUGUCUGCGAACCGGAUGAUAUCAAGCGGAGGAAAUGGGACGCGUGGAUGGUCUUCCAGGGAUUGAGAGCAAAAUUCAUGAUGAACAAUCUUGAUUAG